AUGGUUGGCAAAAAUGUGAUGGUUAUCUGUGUGCUUGUGCUAUACAAUACAAUAGUUCUCGCUUCGAUUGAAGACACCGAUGCGAACAACGUCACACAGAACGACGUUGUGAAAAACUUCUCAAGUGCUGACCGUACAGGACGAUCUCUUCACAAGGAAUGCAACAGCAGUCUCAGUGCUAAAUGUGUUAAAAUCCACGUCCUAUCCUUUUUAGAGGACUUGAGCUCUCGCGAUGAGCUUCCUCUGCUACCAGGACUGAGCAUCGUCAAGGAAAUGAAAGCGAACAUUUCUACACCAGAAGAAAUAGCUGCGGAAUUGUCCAGACAGUUCCCUGGAAAGCCAGAUGAGAAGCUCAAUAGGUUCCUAUUGUACCGCUUGCAGAACUACUUGGACAGUCAUUCAUUGAGGUAUAGGCUGUUGGAUCCAAAGACUUCGGACGAUGCUCUUAAGAUGGCAAAUGACGAAACGGAGACUGGAAGAAGGAGGCGAGUUAAGGGAGGUGGUGGUGGAGGCGCUUUAAUGGCUGCAGCGUUGAUGAUGAAAGGAACUCUCGCAGCAGCAGCCCUUGGAGCGUUAGCAUUAUUAGCCGGUAAAGCAUUGAUGACAGCCCUAAUGUCCCUCCUUCUAUCUGCUCUCGUCGGGCUCAAGGGUAGUGGCGGGAAAUCCACAACAUACGAAAUAAUAACCAAGCCCGAGGUAUCACAUCAUCAUUCACACAGCCAUGAAGAACAUCAUGAACAUGAACAUGGUCACCAUGGAGGGUAUAGAAGAGCAUACGAUAAUAAUAAUAAUUACAAUAGCUACAUGCCUUAUGACGCGACGGCAUAG